GACUUUGCUCACUAACCCAUGCAAAAUUAUUGCUUCGCAUGAUCAAUAAAGAUAUAGAUGAACAUAGAAAAACUGUCAUUUCAAAAAAUAAUUUUGUGGAAACAGGUUCAGUAAUUGUCUAAUAAGGUUAAAUUAAUUGAUAACAUAAUAUUUCAGUGUAAGAAGUGGUUGCAGAUCUGCAGUGUUGACUUGUGCAUCAAAUUGUUACCCCGUGGUUCUUGUUGGAUAUGGAACUGAAAAGUAGAUCAAUAUAAGUCAUGAAGCUUGAAGGAUGCAGUUUUCAUACCCAGAAGACACCAGUCCGCAGGAGAGCGUUUACCCAUGAUGGCAGAAGCAUACGAUUCAAAAUGUCUCCGGAUUCUGGAGGAAAGGUCACAAGACCUGAUUCGGGGGCAAUGUCACCUGGAAUUAGAACAUGGUCACACAGAACUAGGGCUUUGUCAUCUGGUUCUGCUAGAAUGAGGGCAUUGUCACCAAAUGUUUAUCUUACAUCACCAAGAUCAAAAUCAUUGUCACAUGGCACACAAGCAACAAGAGCGAAGAUGAGCAAAAAUCCAGAGAAAGAACAGGUGAUAUAUUUCCAGCGAGAUCGUCCGUGGACCUGGAAACCACUGCAGCCAGCCUACCGUCAAAGAAAUAGCUCGCUCAAGAGUCGCCUCUCCAAAAUGGUCGACACUAAACGUUCCGAAGCUGUUCUACGCAACCUGUCUCACGAAUUACUCACACCUGAGGAGUGUCUGCAGUUCAAGCAAGCUCUUCAUCAUUUUCGUGUCUCAAACUCUGUACCGUCAUUAUGCCAGCAGCUGAAAUCCAUCAUCAACAACACUCCCAAAUUGUUACUAUUGGUUGAGCUGAGUUAUCGUAUGCCUAAAGCCCUGCAGGAGGAUUUUCACAGACUGUGUACCCUCCAGUUUCCCAAUUAUGAAACUUACUUGACUUUGUUCGUGAAUGGAAACUCUCAUAUUUCGAAAAUCAUUCCCCAGGAAUCAGGAACGGGUAAAUUUAAAAUUGUUGCCAAUGGUAUCGAAAAGAAAAUGAUGAUGCGAUACAAUAAUCAAAAGCAAGGCUACGAACUACGCUCCCAUCCUGGCACAAGCGUAACAAGCGGCGUGUACAGCAAUGGCAGUGACAGUGAUAACGCUGAUAGUGUUUUUGAUGAUGCAGAGGGCAGGACCGUACACACAAGCGGUAGGGCGACGCCUGUUCACAUACAAGGAAAGGAAAAUGUUCACAAGGUGUUUCUUAAUCGCCAUGGUGAUGGGAGCCUGGGGCUAGGAAUCACCGGGGGCAAGGAGUUUGGGUCAGAGAUCACCAUCAAUGUUGUGGAGGAAGGGGGACCGGCAGCAACACAGGGCCUGCAUAUCGGUGACAAGAUUCUGGAGGUGAACGGUCACAACUUCAACAACAUUACACACGCAGAGGCUGUACUGGUGAUGAGGAACGCCUGGAACCUAAUUAUCCUUGUGGAAAGACCAGCCUGGCAACAGGCCCUUGACAACGAAGAUGUUGCGGACAUGGUAUCCCGGCAACACGAGAUUCAGGACCUGGAUAUCCCAGUGUUCCCAGCAGCAGGGGGCAGGUUGGGAUGUAUCUCACAAAGACUACCAACUAAAGACUUGAUAGUGAAAAGUGUGGAUGAAAACUCGCCAGCGUCUAAGGCUGGGGUUCAAGUCCAUGACCUCAUAUAUAAGAUUGAUGGUGUCAGUGUUAGAGAGCUUUCAGAGAAGCAGAUAGUGAUGCUCAUCAACGCCAAGCGUAUCAACCUGAGGAUCAAACGCUACCAGCCUCUCUCAGAGAAUGGUUUGAAUGGUUCAACCCCAGAACAACGACGCUCCAGAUCAGCCACUCCUGUGAUGUUCCAUAGGCAGACAACACCUGAGAACCAUGUGAUAUCGUCCUCCCACAGUCGCAAAAGUAGAGAAGACUCCACGGAUUCACAGCCCUCCAAUCACAUUCCUUAUGAGAUAACCCCCUCCUUUCAAACCACGCAGUUCAUCACUGUGCCAUCUGAGAAAACCAGACCCCCAAGCGGUUCACGUCGAAUCUCCAGCAAAGAUGAACAGGCCAUUUUUAGUCUGCGAUCAACUCAGGAACCUAACUGGAUCAUUUCCCCCAAGGGUAAAGAGCAUGCAAGCAGGUUUCGGCAACGUAGGGACCUUAUAGGCAGCGCGAAGUAUUCCAUUCCGCGCCACAUCAGAAGUCGCUCACAAGAGCCACACAAAGCUCAUUAUGUAACGGCAAGCCAGGAAGUGCACUCGAGGGGAGUUUCGAAAUAUAUACGGAACCGGUCCACGUCUCCUCAUCGGAACUCUAUAGCCCGGGUGCACCAUGAAGAUAAUGUUAUUCGUGCUAUACAGUUUGGACUGGAGAAACGUAAUCGCGCCGUAAGACUUUCACAGUAUCAGAUGGCCGAUCCAGCUGAUUAUGAGUGGGAAAUUUAGUUAUAGUCAGACAUUAGUACAACGCAAUGAAUUGUUAACAAUCUAGUGCUUGGUUGUGGAGAUACUAAUUGUUAAAGUUAAUUUGUUAUGUUAAUAAUGUGUUAACCCUUAAAGCGCUGGAGCUGAAUUUUAAAGGCCUUUGCAAACAGUUUGGAU